AUGACAAACUUGUGGCCUGAGUGUAAAAUUAUUCAUGGAAAGCCUCGUUACUCGCAAUCUCAAGGAAGUGUAGAGCGCUGUAAUCAAGACGUAGAAAAUAUGUUGAGGGCAUGGAUGAUAAACAAUCAAAACACAGAUUGGGGAAUGGGAAGCCUUUAUAAAGCAUUAUUUGGAAGUGAACCAAAAAUAGGACUUUCAAGCAAAAAUUUACCUAAUAAUAUCUUACAAUCGAUUACAACAGAAGAAGAUUCAAAUGAGUUAAUUAAUAAUGAAGUAAGUGAUGAAGUAGAUAGUCACGAAGAAGAAGAUAAUGAAAAAGAUAACGAAAAAACUAACGAAAAGGAUAAUAAUAUAUAUGACUGUAAAAAGUGCAUUUCUAAAGUGUCUAUUAUAAACAAAGAAUAUUUGUGCGACACAUGUGUAAAAGAAAAACAAAUUCAGAAAGAAAGAGUAGAAGCUUUUGAAGGACAAAAAAAAGCUGCAGAAAAAAUGAUACAAGCUAGUGGUAAGAAAUUAGUUAUAAUUGAAGUUGGGAGUUAUGUUUUAGUUAAUAUUCCAAAAGUAGAUCGUGGACCAUUAGACACACAAAAUAUAAUUGGCAAAAUUGAACUGUUUACUAUUGAAUACGAGUUGACUAAAUAA